AUGUCUACCAUCAAUACAAUUAAUUGUGAAAGUGAUGUAUGGAAAGACAAUGCUGUAGUGAGUGCACAAAGUGAUAAAUUAACACAGUGUAUGUACCAGAACAAUAUUACAGCUUAUAAUGCUUACAAUUUACAUAAUAAUAACUUUUAUCCUCAAAGCAGUGGUUAUACUAAUGGACAAUACAACAUAGCACAAGGAUUUGAUAAUUUCAGUAGCAAAAUUUUUAAAACUGAACCCAGUUUUCAGGAUUAUGCUACAAAUCAUCAUACCCCCAACAGCGACCAAAAUAACUAUAAAACUAAAAAGUGGACAAUACCAAAUACACCGACAUAUCAACCUGGCAUUUUAAGAUAUAAUCAAGAUGUAACUGCACUAGCAAGUAACCAUGUUGCGAAUAUAAAAGCCGAAUCUCCGUCUCUUUUAUCUUCGAGUCAAUGUAGCUUACCCAAAUCUACAGGACAAACUUAUUUCCAAUAUGUCACAAAUCAUGAUACGCAUUACAUGAAACAACAGGAAGUAAAGCAGCACACGAAAGCUGGUAUUUUUGAAAAGGGACCAAAUAAUGAAACCGUUAAAGGGAGUGAAACUAAUUUGCCUCCACUUUAUGACGAAUGUAUAUCAGGUUUAGACGAACAAUCAAGGAUUAGUCAUGCCACGAGCGGAUCAUUGACUGAUAAUCACGAAUAUAAGACAAAUGUCGGUGAGUCUGACAUGUGUCAUAAUAUGACAAAGGUAGAAAAUAAGGGAGACGAGAAAGCGAAAGAUUCCGAUAAGAUGAAAAUUGAAACAACACACGAUGGCGAUAUAUUGUUUCCAUGGAUGAAAAGCCAUUUUAGCGAAAAGAAAACAGCCGGUUCAAAAAGAACUCGGCAAACUUAUAGCAGACAGCAGACACUUGAAUUAGAAAAAGAGUUUCACUACAAUAAGUAUUUAUCAAGGAGACGAAGGGUUGAAAUAGCACAUGCAUUACAUUUAAGCGAGAGACAAAUAAAGAUAUGGUUUCAAAACCGAAGAAUGAAAGCCAAGAAGGAUGGAAAAUAUCCAACGUCCCCCACUCACUUUGGAACAGAAAAUGGUAAUGCAAUGCAAUCACCUAACGUGACGGAAUGUAUGAAGUCAAGACAGGAAACACCUGCGUUGCCAGAGUUUCCUGAUAUAAAUUACUACAAUCCGAAAUAUCGAGGAGCGAUAAGUAUGUGUAGUUUGUCUGGCAAUUAUAUACCACCUCAGAGCAGCUUGCCAAAUGUGACACCAAUGGCUAACUUCAGCGGAUGCUGA